GCCGCAUCUUUUCGGGGCUCCAUCCUUCGCUGCUGCUCAGCGGCUGGCCAUCAGCGUGCAACAUCGGCGUGAAGUGCUGAAGAAAAUCGAACUGUUCCGUCUUCUGCUCGCCCUUUCUCACCUGGUCGAGUCUCGCGCCGAGUCGUGGCAGGAUUAAAGGGAUUCGACGUUUCGCUCGAGUAGUCCGCGAGACCUGGACACCAUCCGGGAGAUCAUCCUCGGGCAGGGUGAACAGGUGACGCACGUCGGGGUGCGAAUCAGGGAACCGGUGAUCGGAUAUCGUUGGAGGGAUUGUACGGAACGGAUGGGUGAAACUGGGACCGAGGCCUGGCAGUGAAUUUUGUACGACGAUCGGUUGCUCGUUGUGGAGUAAUGUUGAUGGUUUCGUUGACAGCUCCCCGACGAAUCGAGAAAUCUGCCCUCUGGAACGGAGACGCGUCGAUCGCAGAGUCCCGAGCGCGUCAGGUUACCCAGCAUCCAGUAGAUCGGGAACCAUGAUCGUGGAACCGAUCGCGGUGUCGAUCGCGAGCCGGCGUUGAAAUCUUCUCUAAGCCAGCCAGAGAACCGAGACUUCGCGUGAUCGUGGAUCGAUCAUGAGACGAGAGUAACGCGGAUCACGCGUCGCUGACAGUCAACAGUUUUGUCGCGUUCGACGAGACCCCCAGCCGAUGAUGCCGGCCGCCAAAAUGUCGAACGUGGCGUUGGUCCUCGCCACCUGGCUGCUGCUGCUGCUGCUCGUUCUCCGUGGUGUGUCGAGCACGGGACAACGCUACACCACCAGCCCGGCCCAGGAUCUGGAUAACACCCUGCAAUCGGUGCCGCCUCUCGGGCCGAACGUGUGCAGGUCAAGAUACAAGAAUUACUGCUGCCCCGGCUGGACGAAGAAGCCCGAGACCGGUCUCUGCGUAAUUCCUGUAUGUACUAGACGAUGCGGCCCACUGGGCAGAUGCAUCAGGCCCAAUAUUUGCUUGUGCGAGGGUGGCACCGUGGCCUCGUCUUGCAGCAGCAGUCAAACCAAAGUAACCUCCGCGCAUGAAACUGGCAACGCGUUAGACAGGGGUGAGUCCGGCAGAUGCAGGGUGCACUGCAUAAACGGUAACUGCGUGGAUGGCAAAUGCCAGUGUCGUGGCGGAUAUCAGGGUGAAUUCUGUAACGAACCAAUCUGUCGAGAGCCAUGCUUGAACCAGGGAAGAUGCAUAGGUCCGGAUCGGUGUGCAUGUAUCUACGGGUACACUGGCAGACGAUGCGAAACGGAUUACAGAACCGGGCCGUGUUACACGAAAGUGAAAAAUGGCCAAUGCCUGGCGAAUCUUCAGGGUGUCGUCUGCACCCGACAGUUGUGCUGCGCCACCGUGGGCAAGGGUUGGGGCCACCCCUGCGAAAGGUGUCCAGCCAGACUCGACUGCGAGUUAGGACACUUGAAAACUAACCAGGGCCAAUGCGUUGACAUCAACGAGUGCGAAGCGAUACCGGGUCUAUGCGAGGGUGGAAAAUGCGUGAACACACCGGGGUCGUUCACCUGCGAGUGUCCCGAUGGCCAAGCCAGAGAUCCCGAGACGAACGCUUGCAAGGAUAGAGACGAAUGUCAAGAAGAGGGAAUCUGCGCAGACGGACGCUGCGUGAACACGAACGGCGGCUACUACUGUCUCUGUAACCCGAGAUUCAUUCAAAGCCAAGAUCGAAGAUUCUGUAUCGAUGGAAGGCAAGGUCUGUGUUACACGUCGGUGAACAGGAACGGCCAGUGCAAAAAUCGGCUGGCAAUGAGACUGAGCAAGAAAGAUUGCUGCUGCGGCAAGAACAUGGGACGAGGCUGGGGUGACGAGUGCUUCAUCUGCCCGAAUCCCGGAAGUGACGAUUACAACAGGCUUUGCUUGCAACAACUGCAGCCGAUCAUCGCGAUAAACGAGUGCGCGCUGCGGCCGGACAUUUGCGGAAACGGGAAGUGCAUAGACACGAAGGACGGCUACGAGUGCGACUGUUAUGCCGGGUUCACGAAGAAAGCUGGCAGAUGCGAGGACAUCGACGAGUGUCUAUUGGGCUACUGCCAGGGUGGUACCUGCCAAAAUUACGAGGGCUCCUUCACGUGUCAUUGUCCGCCUGGAUUCGUCGUUUCUGGCGAAGGAAGAUACUGUACAGAUCACGACGAAUGUCAAGAUACGGGGAUGUGCAAUAACGGACACUGCAUCAACAUGAACGGGUCCUUCAAGUGCAAGUGCAACGAUGGUUACACUUUGUCACCCACGAGAAAUACUUGCAUCGAUAUCAACGAAUGUACCGACAAUCCGAGAAUCUGUUUGAACGGUAGAUGCGAGAACACUCCAGGAUCUUAUCACUGUAUUUGUCAAUCUGGUUUCACUGCCUCGAGAGAUAACACGUUCUGCGUGGACAUGGACGAGUGUUCCACGAGUGGGAUGUGCGAAAAUGGGAAAUGCGUGAACAUGGAGGGCUCGUUUAAAUGCGUCUGCGACUCUGGCUUCCGACUUGGACCAGACCAGAGUCACUGCAUCGACAUCGACGAAUGCUCGAGCGCACCGUGUCAAAAUGGCCGCUGCACCAACACUCCUGGCAGCUUCCGGUGCGAGUGUCAUCACGGAUUCAAUCUGGGACCGGAUGGAAGAUCUUGUUUAGAUACGAGAAGGGACCUGUGCUACUCCCAGUACAGAGACGGCCAGUGCUCGAACCCUACGUCAACUGCGGUAACAAAGUCGAGUUGUUGCUGCUGUACUGUGAUAUUUGGUCAACCUAUGGGCUGGGGAAGUACCUGUCAACCCUGUCCGCUCCCUAAUACCAGCGAAUUCGAAGCUUUAUGCCCACAUGGCGCAGGGAUGACUUACAACGGAGAUGACAUCAACGAGUGCGCGCAGAACCCAAACAUUUGCGUGAACGGUGGUUGCGAAAACCUCAUGGGGACCUAUCGCUGCAUCUGCGACAGCGGUUACGAAGUAGACGCCACGGGGAAGGUGUGCAGCGACAUAAACGAAUGCGAACUGGAGGAGUCGCUGUGCAGCGGUGGUCAGUGUCGGAACACUCCUGGAAGCUUCCAGUGCAUUUGCCCGAGUGGUACGCGAUUCAACACGGGGAAUCACAUGUGCGAGGACAUCGACGAGUGCGAGGAACUCGGGCCAGAUGUCUGUUUGAAUGGGAUCUGCAUAAACACCCCUAGUUCCUACGAGUGCGAGUGCUCCCCUGGAUACAUUCUGGACCACACUGGUCACAUCUGCAUGGACAACAGGAGAGGUUCCUGCUGGACCAAGAUGAUAGACGGUCGAUGCGAGUACAAUCUACCUAGACUGGCCCUCAAGUCCGAGUGCUGUUGCUCGGUGGGUGUCGCCUGGGGAAGUCCCUGCGAGCUCUGCGACCAAUCCAUCUGCGAGUGUUCCAAGGGAUACGCGAAAUUUGGCGGCAAAGAGUGCGUGGACGUGAACGAAUGCGAAUUGAACAGUGGUAUUUGCAAAGGUGGUGGCACUUGCGUCAACACCGACGGAUCAUACCGCUGCGAGUGUCCACCUGGCUUGUCCUUGGACGCAACGCACACCACGUGCAUAGACACAAGACAGGAGACCUGUUAUCUGGAUUAUCGCCAUGGUCAGUGUGCGAAUCCUAUAGAGGGACAGUUUUCGAAGAGUCUGUGUUGCUGUUCCGUUGGUCGGGCUUGGGGUACCGACAAAUGCGAAUCCUGCCCGAAACCAGGCACCCACGCGCACCAGGAAUUGUGUCCGAGAGGAGACGGGUUCACGGAUAAGCAGGACAUCAACGAGUGCGUCGAGUUCCCGGCGAUGUGUUUAAAUGGCAGAUGCAAGAACACGGUUGGCAGUUUCAGCUGCAAGUGCAAUCAGGGCUUUGCGCUGGACGAGCAUGGGAUCAAGUGCAAUGACAUCGACGAAUGCGAGAUCAUGCGUGGAGUGUGCGGAAACGGAACCUGCAGGAACACGCCUGGCAAUUUCCAGUGUGACUGCAACCCUGGAUAUCGUAGCAGUGACAUAAUGAAAAUUUGCAUGGACAUAAACGAGUGCGAGGAGACACCUGGAUUAUGUCGAGGAGGAACCUGCACCAACACCGAGGGCAGCUUCAAGUGUCAAUGCCCGCCCGGUCACGAGCUAGGUCCUGACAAGCAGUCCUGCAAGGAUAUCGACGAGUGCUCGAGAACGAGCGGGAUCUGCUCGAACGGUGUCUGCGAGAACAUGAUGGGCACUUAUCAGUGCAUAUGCGACGAUGGUUAUCAGCAAACUGGCUUGAAGUCUCACUGCGAGGAUAUAAACGAGUGUGCGACCAACAACGGUGGCUGCGAGGACAUCUGCCUCAACACGCCUGGCAGUUUUUCUUGCUCCUGCAGCACUGGGUUCGCGUUGAAUCUCGAUGGUCGAUCAUGCGUGGACGUGGACGAAUGCAAGGAGAAUCCUCGAAUUUGCAACGGGGGGAAAUGCAGCAAUAUAGCUGGCGGUUAUGUAUGCAGUUGCACCGAUGGCUUGGCACCUGGCAGGGAUGGCGCGUCUUGCAUAGAUAUCGACGAGUGCACCACGCAGCCUCACAUUUGCGGCUACGGUGAAUGUUACAACACCAUUGGGUCCUACAACUGUCGCUGCGAGGAAGGAUACUCGGUGAAACCGGAACAGGGUCCAGGGUGCACCGACGACGACGAAUGUCUGUUAAACGCUUAUUCCUGCAGCGAAUUCGCGGAGUGUCAGAAUACUCAGGGGUCGUACGAGUGCUCCUGUCACGAAGGCUUCGUCGGGAAUGGAGUCGAAUGCAGGGACAUCAACGAGUGCCUGACGAACAACGGAGGCUGCGACUCUAAUGCACAGUGCAUCAACACCGAAGGAUCUUUCAAGUGUGUUUGCGACGCUGGCUUCAGAGGCGAUGGCUACGCCUGCAAAGACAUCGACGAAUGCGCCAAUGACAAUACCCUCUGCGAGAAUGGACACUGCCUCAAUUACCCUGGAUCCUUUCGCUGCGAAUGCGAGAUGGGUUUUAUGCAUCCUGACGAGAACAACGAGCAGACCUGCGUGGAUAUAAACGAAUGCGAGAUGUUCAGUAACCUCUGCGUAUUCGGUCGGUGCGAGAACAUAUUCGGCAUGUUCCGUUGCGAGUGCAACGAGGGCUACAAGUUGGACGGCUCUGGUGGCAAUUGCACUGACAUCGACGAGUGCGAGAAUCCGCAAUCGUGUCAGUAUGGCACGUGCAUAAAUACUCAGGGAAAAUACACCUGCCAGUGUCCGCCAUAUUACGAGCUAGUCGAAGCUGGAAACGCCUGUGUCGACAGACGAGAAUCGUUCUGUUUCACUGGCUUCGAACGUGGUACCGGAAAGCCUCAGUGCAUCUUCGACCUGUCCUCUGCGGUUACCAAAGCCACGUGUUGCUGCAGCAUUGGCAAUGCUUGGGGCAAUCGUUGCGAGGAGUGUCCUCAAGUUGGCACCAAAGAGUUCGUGGAAUUAUGUCCCGGUGGCCAUGGGUACAGACCUAAUCUGGACACUGUCAUAUUGGAAGACAUCAACGAGUGCGAUGAACACGAGAACAUUUGUCAGAACGGCCACUGUACUAACACCUUUGGUAGCUUCAUGUGUUCUUGCAACGAGGGAUUUGUCUUGGAUGACACGAAAACCAGCUGCAUAGAUAUCAACGAAUGUGCCUUGCAUCCGCAAAUAUGCGGAGUAGGUUACUGCAUCAACGACCAGGGGAAGUACCACUGCGAAUGUCCGGAAGGAUAUAUGGCAAUGCCAGGAGGAAAGGAAUGUGUCGAUAUGAGAAAGGAAUCCUGCUACCUGAAUUACGAAACGGGUCAGUGUUUCAACCCUAUGACGCAGCCACAAACGAAAAUGCUGUGCUGCUGCUCCAUGGGAGCCGCAUGGGGAAGUCCUUGUGAGAAAUGUCCAGCUGAGAGGACCCGUGAACACGAGAUCCUGUGUGGCAUGGUACCCGGCGCAAUAAUGAAUCCCAUAACGAAUCACACGGAAGAAAUCGACGAGUGCGCCCUGAUGCCAACGAUGUGCACUCAUGGUCGUUGCAUGAAUACUCCUGGUAGCUUCGAGUGCCAGUGUGAUCGAGGAUACGUGUAUGACGAGGAUUCGCAUCAGUGCAUCGACGAGAACGAGUGCCUACAGGUUCCAAAUCCUUGCAGUGGCAAUGCACAGUGCAUAAACAAGCAGGGUUACUUCGAAUGCGUGUGCCCAGCGGGGUACAAACUAGGUCUCAGACAACGAGACUGCGUCGACAUCGACGAGUGCUACGAACGAUCCGGAAUUUGCAACAAUGGCGCCUGCAACAACCUGCAAGGCAGCUUCCAGUGCGUCUGCCAUUCUGGCUUCGCCUUGACUCGAGACAGAGACAACUGCGUGGACACCGACGAAUGCCAACGUAAUCCGAACAUUUGCAACAACGGAACCUGCGUGAACACGCUGGGAUCAUACAAGUGCAUCUGCUACCAAGGAUUCAAGCUCAGUCCCAACAACGACUGCGCUGAUAUCGACGAGUGCCGAAUCAUGCCGUUCCUCUGUCGCAAUGGAAGGUGUCGAAACACGAUUGGAGCUUUCAACUGCGAAUGUGCCGAUGGCUACGUCUUGGCUCAAGAUGGCCAGCAUUGCAGAGACAUCGACGAGUGUCACGAGGUUCCUGGACUCUGUCCAUCGCCAGGCAAGUGUCAAAACUUAAUGGGAUCGUACAUAUGCAAUUGUCCUCCUGGCUACGAGUUGGAUCACACGAAGAAGUGCGUGGACGUGGACGAAUGCGUGGAGACUGAAGGAAUCUGCGAGAAUGGCCGCUGCAUCAACACUGAAGGAGGGGUUAUCUGCGAGUGUCCUGUCGGAUACAGGUUAAGCGACAAGCCAAAUUCGAUGAGGUGCAUCGAUGUUAGAGAAGAGUUUUGUUACGAUCGGUAUUUAGUACAAUUGGGAGGGCGGUGUUCCCUUCCACGAACUGGGAGCAUGACGAAGAAGCACUGCUGUUGCACUAUGGGGAAAGCAUGGGGGAAAUACUGCGAACCGUGUCCUCCAGAAGAUAGCGAGGAGUUCAGAAGACUAUGUCCCGAGGGACCAGGAAGAGACGACACGGGGAUCGACUUGAACGAGUGUCUCUUCAUGCCAGACGCCUGUGCAGGCGGCGAGUGCAUAAACACCGAUGGAUCCUUCCGAUGCGAGUGUCCCACUGGAUACGUGCUGGACGCGAGUGGCAGACGUUGUGUGGAUAACAACGAAUGCCUGUCCCAGCAGAACAUAUGCGGCAAUGGGACCUGCACGAACAUCGACGGUGGUUUCGAGUGCUCCUGCAACGAUGGAUUCACCCCUGGUGUGAACCAGAUCUGCGAGGACGUGAACGAGUGCCUGGAACUUGGCAACCAGUGCGCUUUCAGAUGCCAUAAUGCACCUGGCUCCUUCAGAUGCAUUUGUCCUUACGGUUAUACCUUGGCCCCGGAUGGACGACAUUGCAUAGACGUGGACGAGUGCGCCACACCAGCGAACAACUGCAAGUACCAGUGCAAGAACCUCAUCGGAUCCUUCAUGUGCAUCUGUCCACCCGGCUACCAACAAAUCGGCAUGACAGACGAGUGCAAGGACAUCGACGAGUGCGCGAUCAAUUCCGGUCUGUGUCGAAAUGGCCGAUGCGUGAAUCUGGAGGGUAGUUACCAGUGUCUUUGCUACGACGGCUUCGAACGGAGUCUGGAUGGAAAAUCGUGCAUAGAUCGUAGAAUGGGUUACUGUUUCUUGCAAACGAUCGGUGGCAGAUGCACCGCGAGGACCUCUGACCUGAAGACAGUGACGAAAGCAGACUGCUGUUGCACAAUGGGUGCAGCCUGGGGCCCACACUGCGAGAUCUGCCCAUCGAAAGACUCUGACAACUACAACGAGCUCUGUUUGGACAAAGGCUUCUCCGUGGAUGGUCAAGAUAUCGACGAGUGCAGAACGAUCCCUGACUUGUGCAAAAAUGGACUGUGCAUCAAUACACUUGGUUCUUACAGAUGCGUCUGUAAUAAGGGCUACAAACCUGAUAAAUCUGGAAGUCAGUGCGUUGACAUAAACGAAUGCGAGCUGACGCCAAGACCGUGCAAGUAUAAUUGCCAGAACACGGAAGGAGGUUUCAUCUGUUCCUGUCCUGCCGGUUUCAUCUUGAACCCCGACGGUGUCAGUUGCAGAGAUUUGGACGAAUGCUCGACCGGAAAUCAUCUGUGCCAGCAAAACUGCAUCAACACUCAAGGAAGCUACACUUGUGGCUGUCAAGAGGGCUAUACUCAGGAUGGAGACGCUUGUCACGACAUAAACGAGUGCGACCAGGCUGGAACCUGCCCCAAACCGGGUACCUGCAUCAACACUCUUGGCAGUUUCCGGUGUAUCUGUCCGAGGGGAUUCAAGAUCGAUCAAUCUGGCAGAUUCUGCGUGGAUCAGAACGAGUGCGCUGACGAUAGCACUUGCGAACACGGUUGUCAGAACUUUAUGGGAAGCUACCGUUGCGGGUGUCCAGAAGGAUUCGUCCAGCAUCUCUAUUACAACCAAUGCAUCGACGAGAACGAAUGUAACACGUCACCGUGUGGAGACAACACCUGCAUCAAUACGAUUGGUGGUUACAAAUGUGGUUGUCCCGAUGGGUACCAAUUUGACACCAACUUGCAAAUUUGCGUUCAGGUGAGUGCUGGGUGCAUUGGAAGUCCUUGCGCCUUUGGGUGCACCCCUAACGGAGUGAACGGGUUCAUCUGUGGAUGUCCCACUGGAUAUCAGCGAAUUGGACAGGGUCACUGUCUGUCAACGAUAAAUCCUCUAUCGCAAGGACACUAUGGCGAGGAUAUCAGCAAUGCACCGACUUUUGUGAUAAAUCCUGACCCCUAUCACAUACCACCUGCGGAUGACAAGACUAUAUCGACGGAAGGUUGCUUCUCCUGCAAGGUUAACGGGAAAUCAAGGCACAGAAGAGACGUACGAUUGAAAUCGAUGGACAAACAGAUGAGCGCGCGAAGAAAGGAAAUUGCGAAGAAACGUAUAGCGAGAUCAGCGAAGAGACACCAUCAUGGCGAGGAACAUGUUCUUAAGAUCAGCUUGAGACAGACCAGGCACAGAAUGAGAAUCAUCAAACUGCAACCUGCUGUCAAGGACGCAGACAUCGAAUACACGAUAGUGAAAGGAAACAACGAGAAACACUUCGAGGUGGUGGACGAUCACGGAAUUUCGGCGUUACACUUCCGCAGUCGACUAAAGGAACCCGGCCAGUUCCGGCUGGUGAUCCAUGGACGCCCGAGGAACGGUAUCAGCGAGGAGAACGAGGUCUGGGAAAGGCCUCUCACGUUCAGGGUACACUUGAUAGUGACCGAGUAAUUCUUAUGGGAACGAUGUGCUCGAUGUUUCGGUUCUUUUAGUCAAUUUUUACGUUGCCACGCAGAACACCGAAACGAAAGCGAUCAGAGGGGAAACGAGAGGUUGCCGGGCUGAGUAUUAUACAGGCACGAUUCCAUUUUCGAAUUAGACGCUUUGAAACAUUGUGUUCAUUCGCAGCCUGACUCGCGUCGUCUCACUGCCAAAUAAUUAUUCUUCUCUUUUACCUUUUACGUUGCUAUGUAAAAUGAUUCUCUAACACUGCCUCUGCUUUACUCGUUUUACAUAUUUUUCUCGACUUUUCUCUCUUCACUCUUAUGAUAGAUAGGUCUCUUGGAACGUUUGAGAUUUAACGAUCGAGAUAAACGAAAUGUUCGUGGCACGAGAAUAUUUUAUAAGGAAUGUUAAGAAGAACUGGUUAACCAAAAAUGAGAAAAAGGAAAGAAGAAAAGGCACACUUGGAAAGACGAAACUGCCCUCGGAGAGUUCCAACUGGCCGCAGUAACAUGUCACACGUAGAAAUAACACUCUAGGGAUGUACAAAAGGAAAUGAACGUUUCUAUUAAACCUAAGUAAAUGAAGUAAAUGUAUACAUACACAGACAUAGCUUUAUAUAUUUAUAAACGUUUAUAGUCUACUAGCAGGUAACGAAACGGAUCGGUACGAACUGAUCGACAACGGAUUAGCUCAGUCGAGACUUCGAGAUACCUCGAGAUAAUUUCACAUCGCGAUUCUCGACGCGCGUCCAUGUUUCUCUCGCACCGUAGCACCAAGUGCCUUCAGGACAAUUAAAAGAGAAUUACAUAAGGAAAGUAACGUUAAUCGACCCGAUAAUAUGUACAAUUUAAUUAACGGCGAUCCCAGUGUAGCCUUAGUUGCGUCAUUAAGCGGCGAAUACGAGUGAUCGUCCUUACGAUAGAUAUGUGAAUAGAGACUAUGAUGGAUAAUUUUGUACAA